CAUCACUCCGCAGCCUGCUGAUUUUGCAAAAGAGGGGGCAAAGGAUCGUUUUGCAGUCCAGAUGCUGUCAAACACAAGCAAUCGAUGGAAGGAAUGGCACAAUGAACAGAUGAGGAUGUGGAAGCAGCUUAUGAAGAAAUAGUUAAAUGCCGAGCUUUGUUCCGGCCGAUGCUGUAAUAACUCCUCAGCUGAUGUUAAGAAGUAUCAUCUAGCAGGUGUGAUGGAGAAGACAUGUUAGACUUUGGGCCUCACUAAUACUCUUCCAACUGUGCCUGCUUCCAGAAAAAAAGGAAGACAAAGCAGAAACAGCAGUUACAGAAUCCCACUCCUUUUCUAGGAGAUAAAUAUAAAUCAACUGCACAAGAAUAUAGCCUGAAUUCAGGCUAUAUUAACAUAACUGAACAAGACCUCCUUGCUUUCUGAGAUCUCUCUUGUUACAUCUGUUCUUCAUUAUAAGAGAAUGAACUUCUGUGAACAAUUAAGCAAGUGACUUUAAAAGAAAACUGGAGAAGUAGCAGAUGGUGAUGCGCAGAGACAUCUUGGGUAUAAAAGGGAUGGAGUGAAUAAUGAGUUGACUUUCAUAUGCUUGGGCUUUCUGGUGUCCACUGAAGAGACGAUAAGCAAAAAGGAUUAAAAAAUAACUUUCUAAUUUGUAAAUCCAAUAUCUGCUUCAUGUUCCUGUCAAGAAGAUAUCAGACAGACAAUGGAGAUCAAGGAUAAGAACAGGCUGGCCCGGGUGACCGUCCUCCAUGACUGCCUGGGCUGCAGGACCUUCGAGGUGCCGCCGUCCGCGGCCGUGCGGGACGUGAAGAGGCGGAUCGACGCGGAGGCCGGGCUGCCCCCCGCCCAGCAGCGCCUGUGGCACCGCGGCAGAGAGUUGUCUGAUGAUAUCAAGAUUGUGGAUCUUCAGAAGUCUCAAAAUCAAAUUUUCCUAGAGCUUCAGUCAAAAGGGUUGAAAGGAGGAGGUCGUUUUGGACAAACAACUCCACCACUUGUUGAUUUUCUAAAGGAUAUAUUAAGAAGAUACCCAGAGGGAGGACAGAUUCUUAAGGAACUGAUACAGAACGCAGAAGAUGCUGGUGCCACAGAGGUUAGGUUUCUAUAUGAUGAAACUCAGUAUGGAACAGAAACGUUAUGGUCAAAGGACAUGGCACAAUAUCAGGGGCCAGCAUUUUAUGCAUACAAUGAUGCAAUUUUCACCCCGGAGGACUGGCAUGGUAUACAGGAAAUAGCAAGAAGCAGGAAGAAAGAUGAUCCCCUUAAAGUUGGAAGAUUUGGCAUUGGCUUUAAUUCAGUUUAUCAUAUAACAGAUGUCCCUAGCAUCUUCAGUGGUGACCAGAUUGGAAUGCUUGAUCCCCAUCAAACCCUCUUCGGACCUCAUGAGUCAGGCCAGUGUUGGAAUCUAAAAGAAGAUAGCAAGGAAAUAAAUGAACUUACGGACCAGUUUGCACCUUUCAUUGGUGUAUUUGGCAGCACAAAGGAAACCUUUAAGAAUGGAAACUUUCCUGGUACCUUUUUUCGUUUCCCACUUCGUCUGCAGCCUUCCCAGCUAAGCAGCAAUGUUUAUGACAAACAGAAGGUUUUGGAGCUGUUUGAAUCCUUCAGAGCAGAUGCAGACACAGUAUUGCUUUUCCUGAAGAGUGUUCAGGAUGUUUCAUUGCACGUUCGGGAAGCUGAUGGAACGGAGAGGCUGGUUUUCAGAGUAACUGCCAGUGAGAACAAGGCCUUGAAACAUGAAAGACCCAAUUCUAUCAAAAUCCUGGGAACUGCAAUAAAUCAGUAUUGUAAGGGAGUUCCAAGCAAUAGCAUAACAUGUGUGACAUACCAUGUAAAUAUAGUUGUUGAAGAUGAGAGUGUUAAGGACGCACAGAAAACAUCUUGGUUAGUGUGUAAUUGUGUGGGUGGACGAGGAAUGUGUACAGAACUGGAUUGCUUAGCUGAUGAGUUGAAAUUUGUUCCCACUAUUGGAAUUGCCAUGUCUUUAGCAACUAACGAGGAGGAAAAUGGAGCUGUAGCUGACUUUUCAGGAAGAGCAUUUUGUUUUCUGCCUUUGCCUCCAGGCGAAGAAAGCAAAACUGGACUUCCAGUUCAUGUUAGUGGUUUCUUUGGUCUCACGGACAAUAGGAGGAGUAUCAAAUGGCGAGAGUUGGAUCAGUGGAGAGAUCCAGCAGCUUUGUGGAAUGAUCUUCUUGUGGUAAAUAUAGUGCCUAAGGCAUAUACUACCCUUAUUUUGGAAGCUAUCAAGCGAAUGGAGACUGAGAAGAAUUCAGAUUUUCCAUUGUCACCUGAAAGAAUUUAUAGGUUAUGGCCUGAUGAGAACAAAAUCAGGGUACCCUGGAAACCAAUUGUAGUACCUCUCUUUAAAGACCUGCUCCAGCAUACAGUUAUUUACUCAGUGAGUAAUCAGUGGAUAAACGUGGAACAGGUGCACUUUUCUGAAAUGGAUGAGAGAUUGGAGUACACACAGUCUGUUCUCAACUACCUCCAGAAUUCAGGGAAGCAGAUUGCCAAGGUACCAGCAAAUAUUGCUAGUGCAGUGCAUCUUACUACUUCUGCUGCUAAAGCUGUGAAAAAAGUGACUCCUGCUGUAGUACGGCAAGUGCUAAGGAAAUCUGGACACAGUGGAUCUGCUGAAGAAAAACUUCAUCUUUUAGAAUUUGUGCUUUCUGAUGGAGUCUACAGUGAACUUAUUGGAUUGGAGCUUUUGCCUUUACAGAAUGGGAAUUUUAUUCCUUUUUCCUCAUCUGUGUCAGAACAGGAUGUAGUUUACAUAACCUCAGAAGAAUAUCCCAGAUCACUCUUUCCUGGCCUGGAGGGAAGGUUACUCUCUGAUGACCUGAAACCUGAGGUCCUUGCUGCUUUGAAAGAAGCUGCCAAAAGCCGAGCCCAACAGCUUCUCUGGGGAUUUUCAGGGAGGCCAUGCACUCAGCUGCAGCUCCUGAACCCAGAAAGGUUUGCCCGGCUCAUUAAAGAAGUCAUGAACAGCGUGUGGCCUGGGAGAGACGUGGUUGUACAGUGGUAUCCAGGCUUGGAAGAAAAAAAGCACCCGUCAGUUUCCUGGCUGAAGAUGGUCUGGAAGAAUCUAUACAUACAUUUUUCUGAUGACUUGAGUGUGUUUGAUGAAAUGCCGCUUAUCCCCAAGACUCUGCUGGAGGAAAAUCAAACAUUGGUGGAACUGGUUAGAUUUAGGAAUCCAUCACCCAUCAUUCUGGAAGACGAAUCUGAGACUCAGCUCCCAGAAUAUUUAGCUGAUAUUAUUCAGAAAAUUGGAGGAGUUGUACUUAAGAAAUUGGAUAUUUCUGUCCAACAUCCACUUAUAAAAAAAUAUGUGCAUCCUCCAUUGCCAAGUGCUGUUUUACAAAUAAUGGAAAAAAUGUCCUUACAGAAACUAUGCAAUCAGGUUGCGUCAUUCCCGCCGACACAUAAAGAUGCUCUUAGGGCAUUCUUAGCUAGUUUAACAGAUGCAAAUGAAAAAGAGAAGAGAAUUAUUCAGGAAUUGCUAAUAUUUAAAAAAAUUGAAAAAUCAUCUGAUGAAAGUGUCCCUGUUUUUACCGGGCUAAAAGGUAGUAAGGUGUUACACCACACUGCCAAAAUUCCUCCUGGUCUAAGGUUUUCUGUUCCAAUAAUUGACAGCAGUGAUGAAGCAACUAUUCGCUUAGCUAAUUUGCUGAAAAUAGAACAGCUAAAGAGCACAGACUGCUUGAAGUUUGUUAUAGAAGAUAUAAGAAGUGAUUUCUAUUCAUAUGAUGAAAUAGCACAGAUAAUGCAAUGGGUUCUUGAAAAUCUGACUUUUCUGAAAAAUGAGAAUACAGAUGUGAUAGAUUGGCUGACACCACUAAAGUUUAUUCUGAUCUCACCAGAAAAGAUAAUGUCAGCAAACGAACUCUUUGAUCCUGAGGUAGAACUUCUGCAACAUUUGUUUUAUGCUGAGGAGGAAAGUUGCUUCCCCCCUGUUAUUUUUACAUCCUCAGAUAUUCUUCAUUCUCUCAGACAAAUAGGCUUAAAAAAUGAAGCCAAUCUUGAGGAAAAUGAUAUCUUGAGAGUGGCAAAAAAAAUUGAAAGUUUGCAUGCUGACUCUAACACCAAUCAUGAUUUGCUGUUAAGAAAAGCUAGAACUCUCUUGACAAUUUUGAACAAAAACCAUUUGCUGCUUCAAUCACCUGAGACAAAAGCUGCAAUGAAAAAGAUAAAAUGGAUUCCUGCAAGUAAGGAAAGGCCUCCAAAUUAUCCAGGGUCCUUAAUUUGGAAAGGAGAUCACUGUAAUCUGUGUUCACCACCAGAAAUGUGUGAUAUAUCACACGCAAUUUUAGUUGGUUCCUCAGUUCCUCUUGUGGAAAAUGUACUGUUGGAUAUAGAAAAAGCACUUGGCAUCCUGACCAAGCCCAGCAUAAAAGCAGUCUUGAAACAUUUCAAGGUGGUAGUUGAUUGGCAUAGUUCUAAAACCUUCAGUGAUGAGGACUACUAUCAAUUUCAGCAUAUCUUGCUUGAGAUUUAUGGAUUUAUGCAUGAUCAUCUAGAAGAAGGCAAAGAAGCUUUUAAAGCCCUGAAAUUUCCCUGGGUUUGGACAGGUAAAACAUUUUGUUCCCUGACACAAGCAGUUAUAAAAUCAGUUCCUGAUCUUGAUCUCCAACCUUAUCUACAUUAUGUUCCAAAAACUAUGGCGAAGUUUCACCAGUUGUUUAAAUGUUGUGGUUCAAUUGAGGAGUUAACACCAGACCAUGUUUCUAUGGUCAUUCAGAAAAUAUAUCUGAAGAGUGAGCACUCUCUCUCGGAACAAGAGAGUAAGCAAAGCCUCCACAUUAUGUUAAGCAUCAUAAGAUGGCUGUACAGCAAUCAGAUCCCCGCAAGUUUGCAUACACCCAUGCCACUGUACAGUGGCAAACUUCCUUAUAAACUUGCAAUGAAGCCAAUUCAUGAGUGCUGUUACUGUGACAUCAAAGUUGAUGACUUAAAUGAUUUGCUUGAGGAUUCUGUUGAACCCAUAAUUUUGGUGCAUGAAGACAUACCAAUGAAAACCGCUGAGUGGUUAAAUGUCCCAUGCCUUAGCACAAGACUGAUUAAUCCAGAAAAUAUGGGGUUUGAGCAAUCUGGGCAAAGAGAGCCUCUGACUGUGAGAAUUAAAAACAUAUUGGAAGAAUACCCUUCCAUUUCAGAUAUCUUUAAGGAGCUUCUUCAAAAUGCUGAUGAUGCUAAUGCAACGGAAUGUAAUUUCCUGAUUGACAUGAGAAGAAAUAUGGAUAUAAGAGAGAACCUUCUGGAUCCAGGAAUGGCAGCAUGUCAUGGGCCAGCUUUAUGGUCAUUCAAUAAUUCUGAGUUUUCUGACUCUGAUUUCCUAAAUAUAACUCGAUUAGGAGAGUCUCUAAAAAGGAGUGAAGUUGACAAAGUAGGAAAAUUUGGACUGGGAUUCAAUUCUGUUUAUCAUAUCACUGAUGUUCCUAUUAUUUUGAGCCGGGAGUUCAUGAUUAUGUUUGAUCCUAAUGUCAACCAUAUAAGCAAGCAUAUCAGAGAUAAAUCCAACCCUGGCAUCAAAAUCAACUGGAGUAAACAACAGAAGAGGCUGCGAAAAUUUCCAAAUCAGUUUAAGCCAUUUAUAGGAGUUUUUGGUUGCCAGCUGCCACUGACAGUAGAGUCUCCCUAUAGCUACAAAGGAACACUUUUCAGGCUGUCCUUUAGGACUCAGCAGGAAGCUAAAGUGAGUGAAGUGAGCAGUGCAUCUUACAAUACAGCAGACAUUUACUCUCUUGUGGAUGAAUUUAGCAUUUGUGGUCACAGACUGAUAAUAUUUGCUCAGAGUGUAAAUUCAAUGGUUUUGAAAUACUUGAAAAUUGAAGCAGAUGAUCCCGGCGUGGCACAAGAUGUUGUCACUAUCAGAAAAAAUCUGUGUUCUUCCAAAGCCUUGACUGCACCAAAUGUAAGUGUUUUAAAGGAAGCAGCUAAACUCAUGAAGGUGUGCAGCAGCAGUACUAAAAAGCUUCCCACUGAAACACCAAAGUCAUCAUGUAUCCUGCAGAUAGUAGUAGAAGAAUUUCACCAUGUGUUUAGGCGGAUUGCUGAUUUACAGUCUCCACUUUUCAGAGGUACUGAAGAUGAUCCAGCUGCUUUCUUUGAAAUGGCUAAGUCAGGACAGACGAAAAGAUCAGGUGAUGAAUUGCCACAGAAAACAGUAGAUUCAACAACGUGGCUUAUAUGUUCUUGCAUGGACGUUGGAGAUGCUUUGAAAUUUUCUUUGCAUGAAAGUGGACGAAGACUAGGCCUAGUUCCCUGUGGUGGUGUAGGAGCGUUGCUGUCUGAAACCCAGGAUCAAAAAUGGAUUGUGAAACCUAAUUGCAACAACAUAGGUGAAGUAUUCUGCUAUUUACCUCUGCGAAUAAAAACAGGCUUACCUCUCCACAUAAAUGGCUGCUUUGCGGUUACUUCAAAUCGGAAAGAGAUCUGGAAAACAGACACAAAAGGAAGGUGGAAUACAGUAUUCAUGAGGCACGUUAUUGUAAAAGCCUACAUAGAAGCCCUUUGUGUUUUACGUGACAUGGCAAUCAAUGGUGAGCUAGUUGACUACAGUUACUGUGCAGUGUGGCCAGAUCCUGAUUCAGUUCAUGAUGAUUUUUCUGUUAUUUGUCAAGGGUUUUAUGAGGACAUAGCUCAUGUGAAAGGCAAAGAAGGGAUCAAAGUGUUUUCUGAUGGUUCGUCUUGGGUUUCCAUGAAGAAUGUAAGGUUUUUAGAUGACUCCAUACUGAAACGGCCAGAUGUUGGGCCGUCAGCCUUCAAGAUCUUUCAGAAGUACCUUAGAAAAACUGGUUCCAAAAAUCUGUGUGCUGUAGACCUUCCAUCCUGGGUAAAGACAGGAUUUGAAGAAGCGGGAUGCAAAUAUAUAUUACUGGAGAACACUUUCUCUGAGAAACAGUUCUUUUCUGAGGUAUUUUUCCCUAAUAUUCAGGAGAUUGAUCCAGACCUACGUGAUCCUUUGAUGCGUUAUGUUCUCAAUGAAAAAGUUGAGGAGUUCUCAGGAAUUCUUCGUGCUACUCCAUGUAUUCCCUGUUCAUUGGAUGGGCAUUCAUUAGUUACACCAUCAAGACUGAUCCAUCCUGAAGGAAGAGUUGCAAAGUUGUAUGAUGCUGAGGAUGGAAGAUUUCCUUAUGGUACCACUCAGGAUUAUCUUAACCCUGUUAUUUUGGUUAAACUUGUGCAGUUGGGAAUGGCUAAAGAUGAUAUUUUAUGGGAAGAUCUGAUAGAACGUGCGGAGUCAGUAGCUGAAAUUAACAAGACUGAUCAUGCUGCAGCUUGUCUCAGGAGCAGCAUUAUAUUGAGUCUUAUUGAUGAAAAAUUAAAAUCUAGAGAUCCUAAAGCUAAAGAAUUUGCUGCAAAAUGUCAAAACAUUCCUUUCCUUCCUUUCCUUAGCAAACCAGCAGGCUUCUCACUGCACUGGAAAGGCAGUGAUUUUCAGCCUGAAGCGAUGUUUUCAGCAAAUGAUCUUUUCACUGCUGAUCAUCAAGAUAUAGUUUGCCUCAUACAACCAAUUCUUAAUGAAAAUUCCCACUCUUUUAAAGGUUGUGGUACUAUGUCAUUAGCUGUCAAAGAAUUUUUGGGUUUAAUUAAGAAACCAGCUGUUAAUUUAGUCAUAAAUCAGUUAGAAGAAGUUGCAAAGUCGUUUGAUGGAAUCACAUUGUAUCAAGAAAAUAUCACCAAUGCUUGUUACAAAUAUCUACAUGAAGCAAUGUUGGAGAGUGAAUCAACAAAAGCCAUGAUAAUUGAACAGCUAACAAACUGUAGUUUUAUUUUGGUUGAGAAUGUGUACGCUGAUCCAUCAAAAGUGUCUUUUCAUUUGAAUUUUGAAGCAGCACCCUAUCUCUAUCAGUUGCCUAACAAAUAUAAAAAUAGUUUCCGUGAGCUGUUUGAAAGUGUGGGUGUAAGACAGGCUUUCACAGUUGAAGACUUUGCUGUAGUUUUGGAAUUAAUAAAUCAGGAGAGAGGGACCAAACAACUAACAGAAGACAACUUUCAGCUCUGCAGGCGAAUAAUUAGCGAAGGAAUAUGGGGCCUCAUUAGAGAGAAAAAGCAGGAAUUUUGUGAGAAAAAGUAUGGUGAGAUUUUACUGCCAGAUACUCAUCUUGCACUUCUGCCUGCAAAAUCUUUGUGUUACAAUGACUGUCCAUGGAUUAAAGUGAAAGACACUACGGUUAAAUAUUGUCAUGGCGAUAUUCCAAGAGAAGUUGCAGUAAAGCUUGGAGCAAUACCAAAACGCCAUAAAGCUUUAGAAAGAUAUGCAUCAAAUAUCUGUUUUACUACCCUUGGAACAGAAUUUGGCCAGAAAGAAAAAUUGACUAGUAGAAUUAAAAGCAUUCUGAAUGCUUACCCUUCAGAAAAAGAAAUGCUGAAAGAGCUCCUUCAGAAUGCAGAUGAUGCAAAAGCUACAGAGAUCUGUUUUGUGUUUGAUCCUAGACAGCAUCCAGCUGAUAGAAUAUUUGAUGAGAAAUGGGCACCACUUCAAGGACCAGCACUGUGUGUUUACAACAAUCAGCCUUUUACAGAAGAUGAUAUUCGGGGAAUCCAGAACCUUGGGAAAGGUACAAAAGUAGGAAAUCCCUGUAAAACUGGACAAUAUGGUAUAGGUUUCAAUUCUGUUUACCACAUUACGGAUUGCCCUUCUUUCCUGUCUGGCAAUGAUAUACUUUGCAUUUUUGAUCCUCAUGCAAGAUAUGCACCAGGUUCAACAUCGACAAGUCCUGGCCGCAUGUUUAGAGAUUUAGAUGCAGAUUUCAGAACACAGUUCUCAGAUGUACUGGAUCUCUACUUAGGAAAUCACUUUAAACUGGACAAUUGUACAAUGUUUAGGUUUCCUCUUCGAAAUGGAGAAAUGGCAAAAGUAUCAGAAAUUUCGUCAGUUGCAUGCUCAGAUAGAAUGGUCCAAAAUCUUUUGGAUAAGCUGCGUACAGAUGGAGCAGAACUUCUAAUGUUUUUGAACCAUAUGGAAAAAAUUUCUAUUUGUGAGAUAGAAAAAACAACAGGAGCACUGAAUGUCCUGUAUUCUGUACAAGGCAAAAUCACUGAUGGAGACAGACUGAAAAGAAAGCAGUUCCAUGCAUCUGUGAUCGACAGCGUAACUAAAAAGAAGCAGCUAAGUGAAAUACCUGUACAGCAGAUUACUUAUACAAUGGAUACGGAAGACUCUGAAGGAAAUCUCACCACCUGGCUAAUUUGUAACAGGUCAGGCUUUUCUGACAUGGAAAAGGUAUCCAAAAGUGUGGUUUCAGCCCACAAGAAUGAGGACAUUACUCUUUUCCCUCGUGGUGGAGUAGCGGCUUGCAUUACUCAUAAUUACAAAAAACCCCACAGGGCAUUCUGUUUCUUACCCUUAUCAUUAGAAACUGGAUUACCUUUCCAUGUGAAUGGACACUUUGCUCUGGACUCUGCAAGAAGAAAUCUGUGGCGUGAUGAUAAUGGCGUUGGUGUAAGAAGUGACUGGAAUAGUAGUCUAAUGACAGCACUGAUAGCACCAGCCUAUGUUGAACUGCUGAUUCAGCUGAAGAAGAGGUAUUUUCCAGGCACUGAUCCUACAGUAUCAGUGCUGCAAAACACACCUAUUCAUGCUGUGAAAGACACUUUAAAAAAGUUUUUAUCCUUUUUCCCAGUUAAUAGACUUGAUAUUCAACCAGACUGGUAUUGCUUAGUGAAAGCAGUUUACAGUUGCAUUUAUGAAGAUUUGAAACGUCUUUUACCUGUUAUGAGAGCUCCAAAUGUUGAUGGUUCUGAUUUGCAUUCUGCUGUUAUCAUCACAUGGGUUAACAUGUCUACUGUGAACAAAGGCAGACCAUUCUUUGACAAUUUGCUACAAGAUGAAUUGCAGCACCUCAAAAAUACAGAAUACAACAUCACAACAAGGAAGACAGUGGCUGAAAAUGUUUACAGACUAAAACAUUUACUCUUAGAAAUUGGAUUUAAUUUGGUAUAUAACUGUGAUGAGACUGCAAAUCUCUACCACUGUUUGGUAGAUGCAGAUAUUCCUGUCACCUAUGUGACGCCUGCUGAUGUCCGAUUGUUUUUGAUGACAUUUUCUUUUCCAGACUCUAAUUGCCACAUUGGAAAGUUACCCUGUCGUCUUCAGCAGACAAAUUUGAAACUGUUCCAUAGCCUCAAACUCCUGGUUGAUUACUGUUUCAAAGAUGCAGAAGAAAAUGAAAUUCAAAUUGAGGGUUUGCCGCUCCUCAUUACUCUUGACAAUGUUUUGCAAGUUUUUGAUUCAAAGCGACCAAAGUUCUUGACAACCUACCAUGAAUUGAUUCCGUCUCGCAAGGAUCUCUUUAUGAACACAUUGUACUUGAGAUACAACAAUAUUCUGCUCAGCAGUGAAGUAGCUAAAGUUUUUGAUAUCAGAAGUUUUUCUGAAUUGUUGUCAUCUGUGCUGCCUAGAGAAUAUAAAACUAGAAAUUGUAUGAAAUGGAAGGAAAAUUUUGCAAGUGAAUCGUGGCUUAAAAGUGCUUGGCAUUUUAUCAGUGAGUCUCUAAAUAUUAAGGAAGAGCAAGAAGAUACACAAGCAAAAUUUGAUGGUGUCAUUGAAACUUUGAAGGACUGGACUUUGCUCCCAGGUGUAAAGUUUACUGUCUCAGCCAAUCAUCUGGUUGUGCCAGAGUGUGAUGUUUUGCUGCCACUCAGCAUCAUGCAUAUAGCUGUCUUUCCAAAUGCUCAGAGUGAUAAAGUCUUCCAUGCUUUAAUGAAAACAGGCUGUAUUCAGCUAGCAUUGAACAAAAUCUGCUCCAAAGACAGUGCUUUAGUGCCUUUGUUGUCGGGACGUACAGCAAACAUAGAUAAUCCUUCCAGCAUUCUGAAAGCCAUACAAUAUAUGGUACAGACAUCAACUUUUAAGACUGAAAAGUUAGCAGAAAGUGACUUUGAGGCUCUCCUAAUGUACUUCAAUUGCAACUUAUGUCAUUUGACAUCUCAGGAAGACAUUAAGAUUUUAAAGUCUCUUCCAUGCUACAAAUCAAUCAGUGGCCGAUACAUCAGCAUUGCAAAAUAUGGGACAUGUUAUGUCCUCACGAAAAGCAUCCCAUCAGUAGAAGUAGACAGAUGGACACAGUCGACUUCAUCAGCUUUUCUUGAAGAGAAGGUUCAUUUGAAAGAUUUGUAUACUCUGCUUGGCUGUGUCUCUGUGGAUGAUCUUGAAGUGUACUUGAAACAUCUUUUGCCAAAAAUUGAAAGUCUGUCUUACGAUGCAAAAUUAGAACAUUUGAUCUACUUAAAGAAUAGGCUAACUAGCAUUGAAGAAAGUUCAGAAAUGAAAGAACAGCUGUUUGAAAAGCUUGAAAGCAUUUUGAUCAUUCAUGAUGCGAGCAAUAGGUUAAAACCCGCAAAGUACUUUUAUGACAGGACUGUAAAAGUCUUUGAAGUUAUGCUGCCUGAAAAAUUCUUUAUACCUCAAGAUUUUUUUAAGAAGCUAGAGCAACUUACAAAACCAAAAAAUCAAGCUGCAUUCCUUCCAUCAUGGGUAACUUUUCUGCGACAUAUCGGAUUGAAAUUCAUCAUUUCACAGCAGCAGUUACUGCAGUUUGCCAAGGAAAUCAGCAUGCGAGCAAAUACUGAAAACUGGUCGAAAGAAACACUACAGAAUACUGUCGAUGUUCUCCUCCAUCAUAUAUUUCAAGAAAGAACUGAUCUUUUUUCAGGAAAUUUCCUGAAAGAAUUGUCUUUAAUUCCUUUUCUGUGCCCUGAACGAGCUCCAGCUGAAUUUGUGAGAUUUCAUCCUCAGUAUCAAGAAGUUAAUGGAACUCUUCCUCUUAUACGAUUCAGUGGGGCACAGGUGAACCCUAAGUUCAAGCAGACCGAUGUGUUGCAGUUGCUGUGGACGUCAUGUCCUAUUCUUCCUGAGAAAGCAACACCUUUAAGCAUCAAAGAGCAAGAGGGGAGUAGUCUUGCUGCACAAGAACAGCUUGAGCAAGUUUUAACCAUGCUGAAUGUUAACUUGGACCCUCCUCUGGACAAAGUUAUCAAUAACUGCAGGAAUAUAUGCAAUAUCACAACUUUGGAUGAGGACAUGGUGAAAACUAGGGCCAAGGUCCUAAGAAGCAUUUAUGAGUUUCUUAGUACAGAGAAGAGGGAAUUCCGCUUUCAGCUUCGAGGAGUUUCUUUUGUAAUGGUGGAAGAAGGUUGGAAGCUCCUUAAGCCUGAGGAGGUGGUAAUAAACCUGGAGUAUGAAUCUGAUUUUAAACCUUACCUUUACAAACUUCCUUUAGAACUUGGUACUUUCCAUCAGUUAUUUAAACAUUUGGGUACUGAAGACAUUAUUUCAACAAAGCAAUAUGUUGAAGUUCUAGGUCGCAUAUAUAAGAGCUCGGAAGGAAAGCAGUUGGAUCCUAAUGAAAUGCGCACAGUUAAACGAGUAGUUUCAGGCCUGUUCAAAAGUCUUCAGAAUGAUUCUGUAAAGGUUAGGAAUGACCUUGAGAAUAUGAGAGAUUUUGCCCUUUACCUCCCCAGUCAAGACGGUAGGUUGGUAAAGUCUAGUAUCUUAGUUUUUGAUGAUGCACCCCACUACAAAAGCCGAAUCCAAGGUAACAUUGGUGUGCAGAUGCUUGUUGAUCUUAGCCAGUGUUACUUAGGCAAAGACCAUGGCUUUCACACUAAAUUGAUAAUGUUAUUCCCUCAGAAACUGAGGCCUCGCUUACUUAGCAGUAUACUUGAAGAACAGUUAGAUGAGGAGUCUCCUAAAAUUUGUCAGUUUGGAGCGUUAUGUUCUUUGCAGGGAAGGUUACAGUUACUGUUGUCUUCGGAGCAAUUCAUCACAGGACUCAUUAGGAUUAUGAAGCAUGAAAAUGACAAUGCUUUUCUGGCUAACGAAGAAAAAGCAAUAAGACUUUGCAAAGCUUUGCGAGAAGGUUUGAAAGUUUCCUGUUUUGAGAAGUUGCAAACAACAUUAAGAGUUAAAGGGUUUGCUCCUAUUCCCCACAGCAAAAGUGAAACAUUUGCUUUCUUGAAGAGAUAUGGAAAUGCAGUAAUAUUGCUUUACAUACAGCAUUCUGACAGCAAGGACAUAAAUUUCCUCUUAGCAUUAGCCAUGACCUUAAAAUCUGCAACUGACAACCUGAUUUCUGAUACCUCAUAUUUAAUUGCCAUGCUGGGUUGUAACGAUAUUUAUCGGAUCAGUGAGAAGCUUGACAGCUUAGGAGUGAAGUAUGACUCUUCUGAGCCAUCAAAACUUGAACUACCAACACCUGGCACUCCUAUACCAGCUGAAAUUCACUAUACACUUCUAAUGGAUCCAAUGAAUGUAUUUUAUCCUGGUGAAUAUGUUGGUUACCUUGUUGAUUCUGAAGGUGGUGAUAUAUAUGGAUCAUAUCAGCCUACUUAUACCUAUGCAAUCAUCGUGCAAGAAGUAGAAAGAGAAGAUGAUGAAAGCCCCAGUUUUCUAGGGAAGAUUUACCAGAUUGAUAUUGGAUAUAGUGAGUAUAAAAUAGUGAGCUCCCUUGACUUGUACAAGUUUUCCAGACCAGAGGAAAGUUCUCAAGGCAGGGAUAGCACACCUUCUACCCCAACCAGUCCUACAGAAUUUCCAGCACAUGGACCAAGGGCAAUUCCACCUAUCUUCACUGGAAGAGAGAGCCACAAAACAAUGUCCUCAAAACACCACUCUCCAAAAAAGAUAAAGUCAAACUCGUUGCCAGAAAUAUUAAGAGAAGUGACAUCUGUGAUUGAACAGGCUUGGAAGCUUCCAGAAUCUGAAAGAAAAAAGAUUAUUAGGAGGCUGUACCUUAAAUGGCAUCCAGAUAAAAAUGCAGAGAAUCUUGAUAUAGCUAAUGAGGUUUUCAAACAUUUACAGAAUGAGAUUAACAGGAUGGAAAAACAAGCCUUUAUGGAUCAAAAUAUGGACAGAGCCUCAAGGAGACCUUUUUCAUCUUCCGCUUCUCGAUUUCAGUCAGAUAAAUUUUCAUUUCAGAGAUUUUACACUUCGUGGAAUCAGGAAGCAACAAGCCACAAAUCUGAAAGGCAACAGUAUAAAGAAAAGUGUCCCUCCUCCACAGGGCCGUCUCACUCACAACGCUUUUUUGUCCCACCUACGUUCAGGUCUGUUGGCAAUCCUGUGGAGGCACGUCGAUGGCUUAGGCAGGCCCGAGCCAACUUUUCAGCUGCACGAAAUGACCUUCAUAAAAAUGCCAAUGAAUGGGUGUGCUUUAAGUGCUACCUUUCUACUAAACUAGCCUUGAUUGCAGCUGACUACGCUGUGAAGGGAAAGUCAGACAAAGAUGUAAAACCAGCAGCCCUUGCACAAAAAAUAGAGGAGUACAGUCAGCAACUUGAAGGACUUUCAAAUGAUGUUCAGACGUUGGAGGCUUAUGGAGUAGAUAGCUUAAAAACUAGGUAUCCUGACUUACUUCCUUUUCCACAGAUUCCCAAUGAUAGGUUUACUUCAGAAGUUGCUAUGAGAGUGAUGGAAUGUACUGCUUGUAUCAUAAUUAAACUUGAAAACUUCAUACAACAAAAAGUAUAAAUGAUUUGAAGAGGUUAGGGAACUGUUUUGUCAAGAGUUUAGGUGUUUCACGUGAUGGGAUACAAAUGGAAUUGUGCAGAUCAUGGAAUGUCCAAGAGGUUAAACGGUGCCAAGCAGUUUGGAAGCGUAGUGCACAAAGGUGGAUGGUACCAAGGUACUUAAAACUGAAAUUUACUUAAGUGGGAUUUUUUUCUUAACUGAGCCUGCUGUUAAGCAAACUGUAAAACCUGAACAUUUUUUAGAAUUUGCAAGGAAAUUGAGCUGCAAAAAUUAGAUGUAUGCACAACAUGAUUAAUUGGCAUAUUAUUGAACUGCACUUUAUAUAACCAAAGCUUAGCUUUCUGUUAAAUGAAGCCUGUAAUUAUAAAUCCUUAUUAGACUUAUUUCAUUUAAUGUAAUGUUUCUGAAAGGGUAAUAUCAGUUUUCAAUGUACUAAUCUUAAGACUGGACAUACAAUGAAAUGGGAGAUGGGGUGGAAGUUAAAAUAACUUUGGAGGUGUUGCUCCAAAGCAUAUCUGUAUUCUUUUGUGUUCUGUGGACAUUCAUGUCACUCCUAGUAGUACUCUUAUCAGCUGGAUCUGAUUAUAAAUUUGCUGCAGCAUCACACUGUAAACAUUUGAAGGAUAGUUUAGUACCUGUAAACUUGUACAGUUAUUUUAAUGCUGAAUAAUGAUACUUGAUUUAACAUGCCACAUCAUGUCAUGCAUUGAUUGCAUUUAUUGUAAAAUAAUGAAUUAUUUAAUUUACUUUUUUUUUUUAGAGCCUGUCAUCUUUUGUUUAAUGAAAAAGCAUGUGGAUGAUAUGAAAUCUGUGAACAUUAUUAUAUGGUGUUUUAUGAUUUGUUUUGGAACAUCAAAAUUCAGUUUUCAGAUGCCUAAAUGCUUUAGAUCCUUUUUUUCCCCCCCGUGUGUGUGCGUUUGUGUGUGUACAUAUAUAUAUUUUUUUCCACAUCAUUGGUAAUAGUACAAUUCAGCAACUUAUUUUUGGUGGACACAGAGCACUGUGUUUUGUUACAUGUUCAAAGGUGCUGCAAUGUAAUGCUGGUUUUAUUUUGUUAUUCACUACAGCCCUCGAGAAAUCUGAUUAUUAGUUCACACUCUUUCUUUUAUAGUUUGUAAUACUUUUGGUAAUGUCAUGCAGUAUGUUCAACAUUAGCUUUUUGUAAAAAAUAAAAUUAAAAAAUAAAAAAAUGGAAGGAUAAUGCAAAAGGAAGGAUUUUUCUUUGCUGGAUCAGCCACAUUAAACAUAAAUGUCAAACAUUUUCCUGUGGCAUGCUGUUAUACUUGUCUACUUGACAGCACAGUGAAACUGCAAUUUAACUUACAGAAUACAAAGGAAAAUAAACAGCAAGCUUGCAGGGCUGAUGCAGCUGUGAUAGUGUUGUAAUACAAAAAUAAAAAAUCACAAUGAGGUCUGCCUCAGUUUUGAGUAAAUUAUAAAGGCCUUGUUCUUGAAGAAAUGUGACAUUUGGAAAAUGAUACUGCUUCUGAUUGUGGGCCCUAUUAUUAUUAUUUCUGCUAUUAAAUUAAGUGCCAUAAAUUUAAUAAAGAAAAACGCAAACAUAUAUUUCAGUUCAAUGUCUUUUGGGUUUAUAAUGUAAGCUAACUUUACCUAUUAUUUGAAGCUUUUAUAUAGGUAAAUACAGAAUCUUUUUUUUAAUGGAUUCUAAAUAAUUAUACAAAUAUUGAAAUACUAUUGAAAAGGAAACUUUUUUUUUUUUUUUCAAUGACAAAUGUUUGCAGUUUUCUCAACGAAAUUGUACAUUUUGCUGAUUUUUUGCAAUAAAUAGCAUGUAAGUAAAACACAAA